UUCUGGUAUCAGACUGAAGUCAUUUUCAAAAUAGUGACCAAAAUGAAAGCUGUGAUCUGCCUUCUUGCUGUAGCCCUUGUGGUGUGUGUGACUGGCCAGCAGGUAGGUCCUGAAACGUGUCAACAUGCAGCCGACUGUCGGGAAACAGUUUGUCAUACGGAGCACGGAUGGUUUUUGCAUUGUGCUAAGGGAUACUGUUUCUGCUCGCACGAUACAUAUACAGGCAAGAAUUGUACUGACGGCUCGGUGGCCACCUGCAUCGCAACACACGGAACUCGGUGUCAAGAUAAUGGCCUUCGCUGGCACUGCCUUGACGGGGUUUGCCACUGUGCAAGAAUCUAAUCACAGGAUGUUCGUCAGUGCUUCGAAUAUUUACGCACGGGUUGAAUUUUGAAUGUACGCUUAUCCAAAAAUAAAUCAAGAAGUCAUGUU